UAAUAUGCUAUAAUGUAAUGAGGUGUAAUGAACUGUUGCAGGGUUCUGGACCUGCAGACUGCAGUCAUCUUCCUCCUGAACAAAGAAGAAAGAAACUUCAAACCAGAAUCAACAACAUCAACCUGGAGAUCCAGAGAGAGAGAGAGCAGAGAGACGCUCUGCUGAAAAUGAGGGAAGUUUAUGAACGAAGUCCUCAGAUGGGCGACGCCGGCAGUCUGGAGCCUCGACUGGAUGAAGUGAAGCAGAGUCUGCAGAGACUGGAGGACGAGCUGAGGAGGAACCAGGCGUGGUUGUCGGAGGCCGACAGCAGGCUGUCUGAUCACAGCAGUAGAAGACAAAGUGGAGGUUGUGGGUUAAAUUCCCAGGCGACGACGCCAGGCAGCAGCAGCCUGAAACAGCUGGACAACCGGAGUCCAGCCAGCAGAGAGAGUCCUGACGGCAGCUACACUGAGGAUCACAGUGCAGAGCUUCAGUUUAAGUCUCGUAGUUCGGAGUUUGACGAUGACUUUGAUGAUGAAGAACCGUUACCGAGUAUCGGCACCUGCAAGUCCCUUUACCCCUUCCAAGGUCAGAACGAAGGGACUCUGUCGAUGGUGGAGGGAGAACUACUUUCUGUGGUGGAAGAGGACAAAGGUGAUGGUUGGACCAGAGUACGGAGGAACCUGGAGGAGGAGGGAUACGUCCCCACCUCCUACAUCAAAGUCUUCCUGGAAAGCAGUGCCAAAGGCUUUGUGCAGAGUAGUCGGCUAGUCUAGCAGUCAGUCCUCGACCUGUGAGGACGUCUCGCCACAGGAAAGAGAUGUAAAGGACAGGUAACAGCCUUUCAUUGGACGGUUUAACUCGGCCAAUCAGAUGACAGACUGCUGUCGAUACAUGACGGAGGAGAGGUUCUACUGGUGAUUGAAAUGAGAGGUCAGAUAUUAGACAGGUCCCAAACGCAGGUCACGUGUCAGAUCAGAUAUUAGACAGGUCCCAAACGCAGGUCACGUGUCAGAUCAGAUAUUAGACAGGUCCCAAACGCAGGUCACGUGUCAGAUCAGAUAUUAGACAGGUCCCAAACGCAGGUCACGUGUCAGAUCAGAUAUUAGACAGGUCCCAAACGCAGGUCACGUGUCAGAUCAGAUAUUAGACAGGUCCCAAACACAGGUCAGAUGUCAGAUCAGAUAUUAGACAGGUCCCAAACACAGAUCACAUGUCAGAUCAGAUAUUAGACAGGUCCCAAACACAGAUCACAUGUCAGAUCAGAUAUUAGACAGGUCCCAAACACAGAUCACAUGUCAGAUCAGAUAUUAGACAGGUCCCAAACACAGAUCACAUGUCAGAUCAGAUAUUAGACAGGUCCCAAACGCAGGUCACGUGUCAGAUCAGAUAUUAGACAGGUCCCAAACACAGAUCACAUGUCAGAUCAGAUAUUAGACAGGUCCCAAACACAGGUCACGUGUCAGAUCAGAUAUUAGACAGGUCCCAAACACAGAUCACAUGUCAGAUCAGAUAUUAGACAGGUCCCAAACGCAGGUCACGUGUCAGAUCAGAUAUUAGACAGGUCCCAAACGCAGGUCACGUGUCAGAUCAGAUAUUAGACAGGUCCCAAACACAGAUCACAUGUCAGAUCAGAUAUUAGACAGGUCCCAAACGCAGGUCACGUGUCAGAUCAGAUAUUAGACAGGUCCCAAACACAGGUCAGAUGUCAGAUCAGAUAUUAGACAGGUCCCAAACACAGAUCACGUGUCAGAUCAGAUAUUAGACAGGUCCCAAACACAGGUCACGUGUCAGAUCAGAUAUUAGACAGGUCCCAAACACAGAUCAGAUAUUAGACAGGUCCCAAAUGCAGGUCACAUGUCAGAUCAGAUAUUAGACAGGUCCCAAACACAGAUCAGAUAUUAGACAGGUCCCAAA